UAGCCGGCGACCAGCCUAGCAAUGAUACGUAUGCAAGAGGAAUGCAAAGUUCAGAGAGGGGACCGACUGACCGGGAAGGCAGAGUAAAAAAAGAAGCCCUAGCUCCGACGCCGGCGACAGGAUGAGGUCCGGAGGCGCCGCCGACGUGAUAGAUCUCUCAAGCGACGACGACGAGGAGCCCCUCCCCUUUCCCAGCACCAGCGCCGUUACCAGCGCCCCCUCCCCCCCCCGCGAUGUCAAGCCGUACGAGCUCGCCGAUGUGAAGCCCCUGUUUUACCCGAUCCAGGCCCCAGGCUGCUACGCGCUCGUGCCCGUCAAGGACGAGGACCCCGUGCCCUUGCCACUCGCCGCCGAGGCCCCAAGGGCUCUCCCGGCGCCGCGCCUCUGCCGCCAAUUUUGGAAGUCCGGCGAGUAUGUUGUAGCCCGCCGCAACCCUGACGCUGAUGCCCCUGGUGGGCGGAAUCGGCUGAGGAUUAAUCCAAAGUUCCUGCACUCAAAUGCUACUUCCCACAAGUGGGCAUUUGGCGCCAUUGCCGAACUUCUUGAUAACGCUAUUGAUGAGGUGAAUAAUGGGGCAACAUUUGUUCGUGUUAAUAAAUUCACAAACCCACGGGAUGGUAGUCCCUCAUUGUUGGUUCAAGAUGAUGGAGGGGGGAUGGAUCCAGAUGCGCUGCGAUGUUGCAUGAGCUUUGGAUUUUCAGAUAAGCAGUCUGAUGCUUUCAUCGGGCAAUAUGGCAAUGGUUUCAAAACAAGCACAAUGAGGCUCGGAGCGGAUGUGAUUGUUUUUACACAGAACCAAAAAAACUGGACACCGACAAGAAGUAUUGGUCUUCUUUCUUACACAUUUCUGAUGGAAACAGGCUGCGAUGAUGUAUUGGUGCCAACAGUAGACUACCAUUACGAUCUUACAACUUCUUCGUAUACUCAGCUGUUACGUCAUAAUCAGAAACUCUUCUCUUCUAAUUUGGCGAUCCUUUUGAAAUGGUCCCCUUUUGGUAGCGAAGCUGAGUUGCUUAAACAAUUCGAUGAUAUGGGAGAGCACGGGACAAAGAUAAUUGUAUUCAACCUCUGGUUCAAUGAUGAUGGGGACAUGGAGCUUGAUUUCAACUCCGAUAAGAAGGAUAUCCUCAUUACUGGGGCACAAAAGAAGGUCAAAACUAACAAACAUGAGAAGCAUGUGACGCAGGACUACAUUGCAAAUCGACUUCGUCAUUCACUUAGAGCAUAUGCCUCCAUCUUGUAUCUUCGUGUACCUGAUAGUUUCAGGAUAAUCCUGCGUGGACAGGAUGUGGAACCACAUAAUGUAGUUAAUGAUUUGAUGUACCGUGAAUGUGUGUUGUAUAAACCACAAAUCGCUGGACUUCCAGAGCUAUCUAUAGUCACAACCAUCGGAUUUGUCAAAGGUGCCCCGGACACUGAUGUACAAGGAUUCAACGUUUAUCACAAAAAUCGUUUAAUAAUGCCUUUUUGGAAAGUUGCCAGCAACUCAUAUGGCAAAGGGCGGGGAGUUGUGGGUAUUCUUGAUGCGAGUUUCAUCAAACCUACUCACGACAAGCAGGACUUUGAGAAGUCAGUCCUUUAUCAAAGGCUCGAGAAUCGUUUAAAAGAAAUGACUUAUGAAUACUGGGGCCUGCAUUGCCAUCGCCUUGGUUAUGAUAACAAGUCAUUACCUAAAGCAUCCCGUGCACUUUAUCGUGCUAAGCAGGCGGGCACUGGUAGUUCCCCAGCAAGUGUUCCGCAUCAGUUACUGACUGCUGAUGUUCCAACAAGCAGCUGUGCACAGAGUAGCAUGGGACAGAAGAGAAAUUUUGAUGCCCUCGGAGUCAUCAGCGACAUAAAUAAUCACCAGACGAAGCAUCGGGAUGCUAUUCAACGAAAACGGUUUCAUGAAUACAAGACCUUGACACUUGAAAAUGACAAAUUGCGAGAUGAAUGCUUACAAUACGAGGAAUCAGAGAAGCAACUUGUUGAGAAGGAACAAAAGCUCCGGUAUCAAAUUGCGAAGGAAACAAAGAAGUACGAGGGAUUAUUAGAAGAGCUCAAAAUAUUAGAUGUGAAGUUAGAGACAUAGUGAACAGUUUUUCUUUUCACUUGUCCACCAUGGUAACCCAGCUUGGUUCUUGGCUGACUCUAUUUGAAGGAUACUCGUGCUGAUUGUGUUAUGUACUAGCUGUGAUUAUGGGAAGAGAUGGUCCCAUUGACGAGCAAUAUCUUCUGGCUUCCCUUCACUGCGUAGAGAUGUACAAUUUUGACACACUAAUCUUUGUAGGGAACCUUAUGUUGAAAUAUAUGCAUGUAUAUAGGUUGUAGAAGUAUGUCUACCAUGUAAUUUCAUUGUAUAAUAAAGAUUUCACGAAAA